AUGAGCACUCAGCACUUCCUUCGCCCCAUAUCCCAAGCAGGCCGGCUCAGACCCAUUAAAUUCUGGAAGAGUAGCACUAUUCCCUCCAGGCAAAUCGGCAACUACGCUGGAAAGACAUUUACCGUUAAUACGGGUGCCCAGAUCCCCGCCAUUGGGUGUAGGACAUUCCAAGAUGAAGAGCAACAAGAGGGUGCCGUACUUGAAGCGCUGAAGGCUGGUGUUGAUCUAUAUCUGCUUCACCACCCAUGCACGUUUGCGCGUGGGAAAGACCGCUUUCCCAAGGGUGAAGAUGGACUCAUGCGUAUGGGAGAGACGACCUACGUCGAUACAUGGAAAGCACUGCAGGAGAUCAUGAAGAGGACCAGGAAGGCCAGGGCAAUCGGAGUCUCAAACUUCAGUAGGGAUGAGACUAAGAAUCUUAUCAAUGCUGAAAUGGUGAGCUUCUUCUUGGUCCCACUCAGCCAGGCAUACGAUGGAGGUAAUAUGAACUCGUUCUACCGCGAUGUCUACUGGAGCAACAGGCGCGCCAACCUCGGCCGCCUCCUCGACGAGCCCGUCCUCUCCGAAAUAGGCGCAAUGUAUUCCAAGAACCCUGCACACGUGGUAUUAGCCUGGAGCGUGAAUCAUGGGCGCUCUGUGAUCCCGAAGAGUACGAUUCCUUGGCAGAUCAGGCAGAAUGUUGAGAGUGAUUUUGUGCUUGAGGAGGAUAUGGAGAGGAUUGAUGAGCUGAAUGCGGAUUUGAGGUUCAAUACGCCGCAAGAAACUUACCGCUGGCUGCUAUAUGAAGGACUGGAUUGA